GUUUAAUUGACAGUAAAUAGAUUCGUCAACAAAUAAAAAUGUUGACUUUUUAGUUUUAAAUUAUUUAUUUUAUAUAAAAAAUCACCAAUAAUAUUAAAAAUGGAUCAUUCUAAAGAACCAACACUUACUCUGCUGGCUUCAACAGAAUUUCAGCCCGAAAAAUAUGUUAAACAUUUGUCCCAGAACUAUGUAGGUGGUUCAGAGUUGCAAGCUAUAAGAAAGAAAAUACAGGCGUUGUCAGAGGAUACUAAUAAUAAUUUAAAGAAGAAUGUAUAUCAAAAUUAUGGUCAAUUUAUUGAUACAGCCAAAGAAAUAUCCCAUUUGGAGAGUGAAAUGUAUCAAUUAUCCCAUCUAUUAUCUGAACAAAAGUCCCUUUUGAACUCUCUGGCAUCAACUUCCUUAAUGGGGGAUAAUAGCAAUUUAACUAGAAACAAGGAAAGAUCUGAGGAGAAAAUUAUUGAGGAACAAAAACAGAAAACUCAAUCAAUUCUAGAGAAAGUGGAGGGAUGCAAAGAUGUUUUAGAUAUCCCAGGUAGAACGUUCUUGCAUGAGGGAGAUCUUUUGGAAUUAGAUUCUUUAGAAAAUAAACCAAUUAAACCAGUGCAUGUUUAUUUAUUUAAUGAUGGUUUUAUGAUUACUUCAAGAAAUUCCAAUAGUCGAGGAUUAAUGAAAUAUAAGUUUGAAGUUAUGUAUGAAUUAGGCAGUUUAGCUGUGGUUAAUGUUAGAGAUUUAGGGGAUGUUAAACAUGCUUUUAAGUUGCUAAUAUUUCCUGAAACUAGAAUAUUUCAAUGCUCUUCAAAUUCAAAUAAGAAAGAUUGGUUGGAUAAAUUUGAUCAAGCCAAGAAAAACCAGCUUUCACAGGAUGUCCAAAGACGCGAAUCUAUAAUAGAAAGAUCACCUUCAAGAACCACUAUAGAAUCAGGCAUACACAGCACUUUAAGUGAAUCUGAAGAUGACUUGGUUAUUAUAACACAUCCAGAAUGGUUUUUGGAUUUGCCUGAAGAACUUGAUGUAGGUGUGGCACAAAGACAUUUUGAGGAAGCUAUAACUUUGUUGCAGAAAGGGAAGGAUUAUAUGUCUCAGUUAGGUUUGCCAAAUGCCAAGACAGACCAUGUUCUAAUUGAUAUACAAAGAAAGCUUGACAUGCGCCAGUCUAGUUUAACCGAAGUCCUAAUGAAAGAAUUGGAAAUAAACCCUGACAAAUCUUUGCAAGGUGGUUUAAGGGCCGCCAGACGGGCAGUGAGACUAUUAAACCAAUUGGGACGUUCAACACAAUCCUGCGAUUUGUUCCUUAAGUUAUGCAGUAGCAUGCUAAAAAUCCAAUGCAAAAGAGUAAAAAGGGAGGGGUCUACAAGCACAUACAUAAGGCACUUGUCUAGUGUGGUUUUUACCAAUAUGUGUCAUAUGACUGAUGAAUUUUUAAGGGCUUUCCCAGAGUCUUCUGUAUGCGCAUCCGCUUAUAUUGUAUGGGCUUCUAGCGAAUUGUCGUCAUUUUCCGCACAUUUUAUCAAACAAGUUUUUGUACCUCAAACAUCUUUGGCUACAAUCACUGAAUGCGUGUUUCUGGUUAAAACACAAUGUGAAAGGUUAUGUAACUAUGGCAUAGAUCUUUGCUACCAACUAGAUGGGGCACUUUUGACACCUCUAACAAAAGCUUUAACUGAUACAAGGGAUAAAUUAAUAGAUUCUGUUAAAGUAAGAGCUUUGGAAGAUAAGUGGAUACCAACGAAUUUUCAUACUAAAAACGGUUUAAGUAGGUGUUUGAAUGAACACAGAGAAAUGGGACUUCAACUUGACUCAUAUGUAACUGGGGACAUUUGGCUACAACUAACUCAAAACACAAUAGCUUUCACAAAAGUUUUCCUAGCGUUAUUAGAAUGCUGCUUGAGACUUAAAACUACAGAAUUACUUUACACUGUGGAUACAGUUCUCUAUGAAAUAUAUGGUGCACAACUAAAACAUUAUGAGCUUACAUUAAAAAAGGAUUUACAAAAAGAGGAAAGGCAGUUCAUAAUUAAAAAUACGGAAUUUCUCUUGGUAACCCUCUACAAUUUAAUUCAAAGAAAAUACACAAAAUCAAACGGUUUUGAGUGUAAAACUUUUGCCAAAGUACAAAUUGAUUAUGCUGCUUUAAUGAAAAUUUGUUUAGGGAAUAGAAAUAUAAAAACUAAAUACUCAUCUGAGUUUUUGUAAAAAUGCUUUAAUAAUAUUAUUAUUUAAAUGUAUCUAUAUUUUAACUUUGUUAUAGGAUCAAAUAAAAUUAUUUAAUAA